CAGGUACAAAGCCAGGCUGUGCCGGGCACCGCGCGAUAAUGGGCUAGGGAAAUAAAUGUCACAGUUUAUGUGGGCGUCGCCCGCCCGCUGGGGUUUCGGUUUGAUAAGCGCUCCGAGGAGACCACUCAACACUCUGGACCAAGCAGCAACAAGAGACGGCCAACUUUUCCACAGAAGUGAUUAAAAAUGUUGUCUUCACAGCUGAGCUUGGCAAUGCUGUUCUGCUUCAUGGGGUGUGCUAAUUCAAUCACGGUCCAGACGCCCCAGAAAGCUGUGAAUGUGACCAGCGGGGGGAGCGUGUUUCUGGAGUGCCUCUUUUCCACAUCGCAGCCCACCACCAACCUGAACAUCCAGUGGUCUUACAAUCCCAAAUCCAGCAUGGUGCCACAGCAGAUUUACUACUACAUUUCAGGAAAGGCUGUUAUCCCAGCGAAUUUUGCGGGUAGAAUAACGGAACCCGCGUUCCCAAACAUCACGAAAAACGCUUCCAUAGUCAUCAGCGGCAUGAAGCCCUCGGACUCCGGGGUUUACAGCUGUGUCGUGCACAACUUCCCCGAUGCUGAGGGACAAACGGAGGGAAACAUCAACGUCAACGUUCUCGAGAAGCCAUCCAACCCCUUCUGCGCUGUUCAUGGCACGGUGGAGUCGGGUCACCUGGUCACCCUCACCUGUCACACGGAGCGGGGAAACCCCACCCCCACCUACACCUGGACCAAGCUCAACCAGGGCAAGGCUCGGAGCGUGCUGGGGAGGACAGAUUUUCAGACGGGAGUCUUGUACAUCGGAAACCUGUCUCAGUUUGAGUUUGGCGAGUAUCAGUGCAACGCGUCUAACGUUGUGGGAUUUUCCACCUGCUCCAUUAAGCUCGUGGAAGAGCUGGGGGACGGGGCAAUUGCUGGGGCUGUGAUUGGUUCCCUCCUGGGGGCCGGCCUGGUGGUGUUCCUGGUCUGGUUCAUCUCACACAAACUGAAGAAAAGCAAAUAUAAGGCAGCGAAAGCAGCAGCAGCCACUGAGAUGCAAGCCAGGCCAGCCAGCGGCGACUCACUGAAGUACGCGAGCCUCCCCACCAGAGACAGUGCCGCCCAGGCCUCCGCCAAAGCCGUGCCCCCCCCUCAGGACCCCCCAGCCCCAGACCAGGAAGGGGAGGAGGAGGAAGAGCAAGAGAGGGAGGGGCCGGCGCACGCGUAAAGGGUCAGGGGCUAACAGACAGGACAUGCUGUGUUCUGUCAGCACUGGAACCAACCCAAACCCAAACCCAAACCACACGCCUGUCAGCAGUGCCAACCCAAACCCAAACCCAAACCACACGCCUGUCAGCAGUGCCAACGCUGACUCAUCCCAUUCCACUGGAAUGCACGCUCUUUAUUUCUGAUCUGUUUUUUCAGGGUGUGUUUGUAGUUUUUGAUUAUUAUUAAGUAUUACAAUUAAACACCUUGUCACAUUUUAUGUUGUAUCAAGUGUGAAAUGCAUUUUCAAACUCAAUCAAAAGCGAAUAAGAGGAAGUGUAGUAAUCAUUUUGAAGUCAUGUUGAUGUAAAGAUUUUUUACUGCUUGUGGAUUUUUAAAAGUUGUUCAUAAUGGAAAUUCAUGUAAAAAGAAACAAUGAAUACAACUGUGACUCGUUUUAUAAACAUCUUGCUAAGGCAUCUUUCCAUUUUCAUUUUAAUAUUUGGCGGAUGAUGUGUUUGAUAUUCAUUGUACAAAAAGUAAACAACCAAUGAGCAUGUUCCUUGUGUAAUCUUUAUCUUCAGUAAUCCUAAAAGAAUACUGUUACCCUUUGUGAGAAAAAUAAAUUUUUUUAGUGAGAUUACGGCUUCCCUGCAUCUUUAC